GACCUGAAUGACAGCGGAAGUUUGAAUGAGACUUCUCUGCCGAGUCUUCGGAAGCAACUACAUACUUGGUUAUUGUAUCGUUUUAAUCUCAAUAAAGGAAACGUGUAGUAUCUGUUCACAUUUACUUCAAGUGACCCAGAAACACUAUGAUUUUAAGGAAAUGUCUGCAAGUGCGUGAACAAUCCAAAGCAUGUUUACAAUGGGCUCGAGCCAAAAGCACUUUUACAGAUCUCAUCGACGAGAGUGGACAGUCAGGUGUUAUUCUUAAAUCGAUGUCAACGGAUAUUUAUGAAAAUUUAGCAAUGGAAGACUGGAUACAUGACUAUGUUGACCUACAGAAUCGGAAAAUACUUUUCCUGUGGAGAAACGGCCCAGCAGUGGUGAUAGGGAGACACCAGAAUCCGUGGCAGGAAUGCAACCUUCAGCUCAUGAGACAGCGUGGAAUACCCCUCGCUAGAAGACGGAGUGGGGGCGGAACUGUUUAUCACGAUUUGGGGAAUGUCAAUUUGACAUUCUUCACGUCCAAGAAAAAGUACGAUCGCAACAGGAAUCUCCACAUAGUUACCAGUGCAUUGAAACGACUUAGGCCGAACCUAGACGUGCGAGCCACGGAGCGAUUUGACAUUUUGCUCAAUGGGCACUAUAAAAUCUCAGGGACCGCUGCAAAACUAGGGAGGACUGCAGCUUAUCAUCACUGCACUCUUCUGUGUUCUGCCGACCGGGCCUUGCUGUCUGCGGUGCUGAAGCCGACCUGUCAAGGCAUUAAAAGCAAUGCAACUCCAAGUGUGCCCUCGCCCGUGAAGAAUCUCCUGGACGAGGACAACACGUUAGACUGUGACACUAUCAUGAAUGCCGUUGCUUCCCAGUACAACACUGAGUUUGGUUUCAGCUCCCCUGUAACGCUUGUGGACCCCAGUGACGAGUUCUCAUUCCCCGGUAUACACAAAAUGUCCAGCGAGCUUAAAACUUGGGAAUGGACUUUAGGAAGGACUCCUAAAUUUAGCAUAUCUGCGUCCUUUGAUUUGCACGACAACUCGUCCAGACAAAAUGCAUCUCUAAACAUUGACAUCAAGAAUGGCAUCAUAGACAACUGCGAAAUUGAUCUUCCACCGCAUUGGUUGCCGUCAGAUGUGCGUAGAGAGUUCUGCAUGUUGUUGGUCGGUGGGAAAUUCUGUCCGAAUGAGAUGGCAGUGAUCCUAGCAGCAUUUCUCAGGACGACUUCACAAGAACUCAAAACUAAGACAUAUAAUCUGUAUCAGAAUGUUGUAUCGCUCAUGUGAAUAAAGAGGUUUGCGGUC